AUGACAACAUACCAACCACCAACUCCCCAGCUGAGGAAGAAGAUUCUCACGACUCUCUUCAUCUCCUUGCUGCUUGACCUCCUAUCAUUCACUCUUAUCUUGCCACUAUUCCCACAACUUCUCGCGCAUUAUCAAGCGCUUGAAUCCACAUACACGAACCCAACUCUCUUACGAACUACUUUUGCGUACCUCAAUUCAUUCAAGGCCGCCUUCUCCCGUCCAAUUUCGUCACGAUUCGAUGUCGUCCUUCUCGGCGGGGCCAUGGGCUCCCUAUUUUCGUUCUUGCAAGCUUUCUCGGCCCCCAUAAUUGGUUCUAUCUCCGAUAAGUCCGGUCGCCGGGCCGCUUUAUUAUACUCUAUGAUAGGAAACAUUUUGUCCGUUUUGAUCUGGGUUUUCGCAGUUGAUUUCCCCACAUUUGUAGCAAGCAGAAUUGUAGGAGGACUGUCCGAGGGGAAUGUCCAGUUGGCUAUUGCGAUUGCUACGGAUGUGAGCAGCGAGGACAACCGUGGUGCCACACUAGCGCUUGUUGGUGUAGCAUUUAGCAUUGCAUUUACGUUGGGACCGAUGAUGGGAGCUUUUUUGGCAAGCAAAACCUUGAUGCUUGGAAAUCCGUUCUCCACCGCUGCCGCAUUUUCGCUGGUAUUGAUCGUUACGGAGACGGUUUAUUUAUAUUUCAAGCUUCCCGAGACAAAACCACCAUCUACGCCUUCGAAGAAAUCCAACACGACAUCCGAAGACUCUAAAAAGAAGGAUGGGCCGAGAUCUCUAACCCUCCUAAACUUAACACACUUUCUCUUCCUCCUCGUCUUCUCGGGUAUGGAGUUUAGCUUGACCUUCAUGACAUUCGAACUCUUUUCCUUUUCAUCAGCAGAUAAUGGACGCCUCCUAGGAUUCGUAGGUCUCACGGCAUCGAUUUUGCAAGGAUCGUUCACAAGACGGGCACCGCCGCAUGUAGUUGUUAAAACAGGGCUUUUGGCGUCGGCGAUAAGCUUCUUACUGUUGGCGCGUAUCCAAACGAAGGGGAUGUUGUAUGUUGCGGCGUUUUUCCUCUCAGUUACAAGUGCCACAGUUGUCACGGGACUUACAGCGUUGGCGAGUUUUCGAGUUGGCGAGGAGGACAGGGGAAGGAGGCUAGGUGGUUUCAGAGGGUCCGGCCAAAUUGGAAGAGCUUGCGGCCCUGUACUCUUUUGUAGUUUGUAUUGGUGGGCUGGUCGAGAAGUUGCUUAUGGCGUCGGAGCGGCGAGUAUGUUGGCUGUUAUGGGAAUUGCGUGGGGAGGUUUAGACCGAGGUGCUCAGGCUGUGAGCAACAAGAAACUCAAUGAAGAGAAGAAAGAUCUAUGA